UUAUUCUGUAAAUGUAUGAAUUACUGCUUUGUAUAAAUGUGUUAUGUUAGACUACUUCUAUCAGCCAAGUCAAUAUUUAGAAAACAAUAGCUUAUCUUAGAACCUCAAAACUUUCGUGAAAAUAUAACUCUGUCCAUAGAUAAACCAUUUGUAUGUAAACAAAAACUGUCAGUCGACAACAUGGCGGAUAACGCAGUGCGCCUGUGCAAAAUACGUGAUAAAAAGUGUUUGUGUUGUUGCAAAAAAGAAGAAAAGCCAGGAAAAAACAAGGAGAGGAGAAAGCUUGCUGCAGCAUCCAAACUGCUGUCGAGAUUGUACUACUGUAGUAACUGAAGAUCCAUGUAAUUUGCCAGCUGAAGAUGGGUGCAAACCCGAAAUGCAUAUUGGCGUAAAUAAAAAACGCAUUAAAAAGUGGCUGGUUGCUGUAUUUUUUCAGUGAAAUACUAUUAUCCACGGCCACGGAGCUCAACAGUCCAAAUAAAAUGGACAAAUUGUUAUUGACACUACCUAGCCAGGUACUAAGAGCUUUACAUGACUUCAGAAAGUACAAAAUUAAGUUAGAAAGAACAAUUCUUAGUAUCAAGUUCAAUAAAAUGUGUUUAAGUGCGAAUGUAACUCCAAAAUAUGUGAAAGUGAACAUCAACAGUCAAAGCAGAGCAGCGAAAAUAGCUAAAGAAAGAAGUGAAAUUAUAUGGCUCCAAUCUGAAAUCCGAAACCAACACAGAAAGAAGCAGUUUUUAAACCACCAGUUAUAUAGAUUACAUUUAGAGCUAGGUAAACAACUUACUCCUACACAAUUCAACCAUGCAUUAGAUUUUGUCACUAUAAUAGCUAUGAAAGAACAGCAUAAAGUCAGAUGUAGGCAUAACAAUAAGUUGAAAAAGCUUAUGUCACAAAUUCCUAAGGUGAAUGACAAACUACCUCCCACUAAUCAUAAAUUCUCCAAACGUCUAGUAAAUUCAACUAACAUCAUCUUCAGUGAUAAAGAAGUAAGUUUGCUGAAUAAAGGGCUUCAACAUAAUAUCACCCCAUCUCUGACUGAAAAUAAUAUUAAAGAAUUAAUAGUAGGCACCAAAAUAGCCUGUGAUACUGCAAAACUAACUCAGAAUGAUCAGAUUGCCAUAGGCCACAAAGUUAACAAUUUUAUCACCAAACAAAUAGAGAAAGCAAAUAAUAAGAAUAGUAUAAAGCACCAUGACAGAACAAUACUUAAAAGUGUUAAUAAGAAACUAAGUGACAGUAAAGCUUUAGUAGUAAAAGCAGAUAAAAGCAAUGCUAUUGUUGUAAUGUAUGAAAGUGAAUAUGUAAGAAAAACCAUUGAAUUUUUCAGUAAUAAUAAUAUAGUAGAAAUUAAGUCUGAUCCCACUCUUAAGUUACAGAAUAAACUUAAAAAUAUGAUGAAAAAAAGUAAUUUCCUCUUAAAUGCAAAAGAUAUACAUGAAUGCACUGUUAUGAACCCUUAUGCACCACGUCUACGAGCACAACCUAAGACCCAUAAAGUUAACUGUCCCAUACGUCCAAUUGUUAAUUCUCGGAGCAGCCCAACUUAUAAAAUCAGCAAGAAACUGAAUGAGGUCCUUAGCAACACAUUCAAAUUUGAAGAGACAUACUCAGUAAAGAACAGUUAUGAACUUAUUAAUUGUCUAAAGGAAAUUCAGAUUCCUGAUACUGCUAGGUUUGCAUCACUUGACAUCACAAACCUCUACACAAACAUACCCGUCAAAGAAACAAUAGAAAUAAUUAAAAACAAUUUACUUAAACAUAAAAAUUUGGCAUUACCAGAAAUAUAUGAAUUCAUUGAUCUAUUAACACUAGUACUAUCACACAACUAUUUUUCUUUUAAUAACAAAAUGUACCAGCAGAAAGAGGGUCUGGCUAUGGGUAGCUGCCUUGCCAGUUUGCUAGCAGAUAUUUUCAUCAAUAACUUAGAAUGUAAAUUUUUUAAAGAAAACCCCCAGAUGGUAAACAAGAUAAUUUAUUACAGAAGGUAUGUUGAUGAUAUAAUAGUCUUAUUUGAUGGCACUGCAGAAGAAAUUGAUAACCUUGCAAAAGAAAUGAAUAAAAUGCAUCAGAACAUCAUCUUCACUGUAGAACACCAAACAGAAGUAGGUUUAAAUUUUCUGGAUCUCUGCAUAAGUAGCUCCAACAACAAACACAAAUUUCAAGUAUACAGAAAACCAACAUACACAGAUAACACAAUUAAUAAGUCAUCCUGCCACCCGGAUCAACAUAAGACGGCUUCAUACAGAGCAAUGCUAAACAGAAUGCACAAAAUACCACUACAACCAGCUGACCAAAUAGAAGAACUAAACACCAUCAAAGCAAUUGCUUACAAUAAUGGUUACAAUCCAAAAUUAAUAGAUGAACUAAACUAUAAGAUAAAUCCCCACAUAAACAAACACAAUAACAAAACUACAUUAAAGAAUACCACAACACAGGCAAAAGAAAAAUAUGUAAGCUUGCCAUUUGUAGGAAAGCUGUCAUAUAAAAUAGCAAACUUGUUCCGAGGAACAGAUAUCAAAAUCAGCUACUAUACAAAUAACAAAAUAAAGGACAAAGCUAUCCAUAACAUUAAAAAUAAUACCAAACCGUACAAUCAAUCAGGAAUAUACAAACUUAACUGCAACUCAUGUCCAAAAACAUACAUAGGUCAAACAGGGAGAAACUUCAGCAUACGGUUUCGAGAACACAUGGAUGCUCUUCGUUUAAAAAACUUACAUAAAUCCACAUUCGCCCAACAUGUAGCAGAAGAAGAACAUCAAGUAACAGACAUAUCCCAUAACCUACAAGUUCUCCACUUAGCCAAAAAAGGAAAAAGAAUGAACCUCCUAGAAGAAAUCGAAAUUUAUUCACAUAAACAUGCAUCCCCUUCUGACAUACUUAACGACCAAACAGAGCUGCCAAACCGAAUAUUUCUAAAAAACUUCCACACUCUACUUAUCAAACCACUUACUAAGCACAAUCAACAAACAACAUAAUCUGUUAUAAACCCAGCAAAUGCAUGUAAAAAACAUAAAAAUCUUAAUUCUGGUAUCUUAAUUAUAUCUUUGUUAUAUUGUAAAUGUAUGAAUUACUGCUUUGUAUAAAUGUGUUAUGUUAGACUACUUCUAUCAGCCAAGUCAAUAUUUAGAAAACAAUAGCUUAUCUUAGAACCUCAAAACUUUCGUGAAAAUAUAACUCUGUCCAUAGAUAAACCAUUUGUAUGUAAACAAAAACUGUCAGUCGACAACAUGGCGGAUAACGCAGUGCGCCUGUGCAAAAUACGUGAUAAAAAGUGUUUGUGUUGUUGCAAAAAAGAAGAAAAGCCAGGAAAAAACAAGGAGAGGAGAAAGCUUGCUGCAGCAUCCAAACUGCUGUCGAGAUUGUACUACUGUAGUAACUGAAGAUCCAUGUAAUUUGCCAGCUGAAGAUGGGUGCAAACCCGAAAUGCAUAUUGGCGUAAAUAAAAAACGCAUUAAAAAGUGGCUGGUUGCUGUAUUUUUUCAGUGAAAUACUAUUAUCCACGGCCACGGAGCUCAACAGUCCAAAUAAAAUGGACA